ACGCUGUGAGGUGGUUGUGAGGAAAGUUUGUGGCGCCAGAAUUGAGAUUGGCGGCCGAUAGUUUGCUGGGCGAGUCAUGGUGCGGUUACGGAGCACCAGCGGGCCGGGCAGGCCCCCCUGUUACCGGGAGAAUGACUCCCUGAUGGACUCCAGCGCGGAAUUCCUCACACUGCCGUCUGCCGAGAAGAAGGGCAGACGGAGCUCGCUUAAGCGGCCGAGUGGGACUCAGUCCGAGGCGGACAAGCCGGGCAGUGAGGGACCAUUAUCCAAUAAGGAAGAUAACCAUGAUCUUCACUCUUUACAAAAAAAACAAAAUGGACAUAACUAUUCUGAUUCAAGUAUGGAGAAGAAAAAUGCAGACAAUAUAAAUAAUACUGAAGGCAAAAGGUGUACUAGGAGACUGGCUAAACUUCAAGCUGACACCAGUAUGAAUGGGGAGUGCAAAGAAGAUGAACUAGUGGAAGACAAGCCAGUAAGGAGAACAAGAAGUGCCGACAAAGCCGCUUUGCAUGAAGUUAAUGGAGAUGUUGAGGUUCGCCGAAGUGGCAGAAUUAGAAGAAGUCGAUACAGUACCACCAAUCAGUCUGUCUUGUUCGACAAAUUAAUAACCAAUACUGCUGAAGCUGUUCUGCAAAAAAUGGAUCACAUGAAAAAAAUGCGUCGCCGCCGUUUGCGGGAACUUGAUGAUCUGGGUGUGUUCAAUGACACAGAAGAGGAGAAUGUGGACAUGUAUUCUCGGGUUAAAAGAAAACAAAAUGAUACAACACUUGACGAGGAAACGGAUAAUCAAGAGGAGAGUGGAGAAUCCUCUGAAGAGGGAGAAGACCAAGAAGAUGAAGAUGAGGAUGAGGAUAUAGAUGAGGAUGGAGAGGAAGAUAAUCAAAAACGUUAUGAGCUUCGGCAGAGGAAAGCGGUUGUGCCAUAUCAGGUGCCUUUAUCAGAACCUAGACACCAUAAAAAGCCCAGCAUGUUUUACACAAGUGCAGGCUCUCCAGCAAGACGAAGAUAUCGCUUCGGUUCUGCAGGUCCUAGAAGUCCUUUCUGCAAACGGCGACUUAACAGAAGGCGACAUGCAAUCCACAGCAGUGACUCUACAUCCUCAUCAUCGUCAUCUGAUGAUGAACAACAUUUUGAAAGAAGUGUGAAUCGGAGCCGCAACAAGGCAAUCAGCAGGUGCCUACCAUUAAAUAUACAGCGAGAUGAUCUCAAAGGUGUUCACAAAGAACGUAUGAGAAUUGGCGCAAGCUUGGCUGAUGUAGAUCCAAUGCAGUUAGAUACAUCUGUGAGAUUCAGUAGUAUUGGAGGAUUGUCUACACAUAUUGCUUCUCUUAAAGAAAUGGUGGUUUUCCCUUUACUCUACCCUGAAAUCUUUGAGCGAUUUAAAAUACAACCUCCCAGAGGCUGUCUAUUCUACGGACCUCCUGGUACAGGUAAAACAUUGGUGGCCAGGGCCUUGGCAAAUGAGUGCAGCAUUGGAGACAAAAGAGUGUCUUUCUUUAUGAGAAAAGGUGCUGACUGCUUAAGUAAAUGGGUUGGUGAAUCAGAGAGACAGCUGAGGCUGCUAUUUGAUCAGGCGUAUCAGAUGCGUCCUUCAAUUAUUUUCUUUGAUGAAAUUGAUGGUUUGGCACCUGUUAGGUCAAGCAGGCAAGAUCAGAUUCACAGCUCCAUAGUUUCCACACUUCUGGCUCUAAUGGAUGGUUUGGAUAGUCGAGGGGAGAUUGUUGUGAUUGGUGCAACAAACAUGCUUGAUUCAAUUGAUCCUGCUUUGAGAAGGCCUGGGCGUUUUGACAGAGAAUUUUUGUUCACGUUACCUGAUAGAGAUGCAAGAAUGGAGAUUCUUAAAAUACACACAAGAGAAUGGAAUCCAAAACCAUCAGAAAUCUUUUUAAAGGAACUGGCAGAAAAGUGUGUUGGGUACUGUGGGGCAGAUAUAAAGUCAGUGUGCGCAGAAGCUGCUCUCUGUGCUCUCCGUCGUCGCUAUCCCCAAAUCUAUGCAACAACUGAAAAACUACAGCUGGAUGUGACUUCCAUUACAAUUACUGCUAGAGACUUUAUUGUAGCUAUGCAAAAGAUUGUCCCAGCAUCACAGAGAGCUGUGGUCUCCCCUGGGCAAGCUCUUUCACCAAUAAUCCAACCCCUUCUCCAGAACACACUUCAAAGCAUUCUGGAAGAUCUAAAGAGAGUUUUCCCGCAUGCUGACAUGGGAUUCAAGAAAGGCAAUGAAUCUGAUUGUUCCAGUCAACUGUUGGAGGAUGAGUUGAUGUAUAGUGAUGACGAGGGGCCAUCUGUGUUUGAAAAUGGGCUGCUUCAAAAAUUACCCAACAAGCAGAAAGACGGACACACCUUUCUUCAGCUGAAUAUGAAUGCAAACAGACAACCAACCUCUUUUAGACCUAGACUCCUGAUUGCUGGGAAACCUGGGCUUGGUCAAGGAUCACAUUUAGCUCCAGCAGUUAUCCAUGCAUUAGAAAAGCUUACAGUCUACACAUUGGACCUGGCUGUUCUUUUUGGUGUUAGCGUAACCUCCCCUGAAGAAACAUGCGCACAGCUCUUUCGUGAAGCUAAAAGAACAUCACCAAGCAUUUUGUAUAUUCCACACAUUCAUUUGUGGUGGGAAACGGUUGGCUACACUUUGAAGGCAACAUUUAUCACUUUGCUUCGAAAUAUUCCAUCAUUCUCUCCAAUCCUCCUUCUAGCCACCUGUGAUGUGAAUUAUUGUGAUUUGCCACCUGAGCUUCAAGAACUAUUUUCGGAUGAUUAUGGGGAAGUGUUUCACGUUCAGCUGCCAGACAACGCUACAAGAAGAGCAUUCUUUGAGGAUCUUAUUUUGAACCAGGCAGCAAAACCUCCAGCUUCUAUAAAGAAAGCAGUUUUACAAGCCCUUGAGGUUUUACCGGUGGCCCCUGCUCCUGAGCCCCGUCCUCUGACUGCUGACGAGCUGAAACGAUUGGAGGAACAGGAGGAAGACACACUUCGUGAACUGAGACUCUUCUUGAGGGAUGUUGCACACAGACUUGCUACUGACAAACGCUUCAGAGCAUUUACAAAGCCUGUGGACCUUGAAGAAGUUCCUGAUUAUGUAACAGUUAUCGCACAACCAAUGGAUCUCUCCACAAUUAUAAGCAAAAUUGAUUUGCACAAAUAUAAUACUGUGAAAGAAUACUUAAAAGAUGUCGACCUUAUAUGUAGCAAUGCAUUGGAAUAUAAUCCAGAUAAGGAUCCUAGCGAUCGUUUAAUUCGCCACAGGGCUUGUACUCUCAAAGAUACAACAUAUGCAAUUAUAAAAGAAGAGCUGGAUGAAGAGUUUGAGAAGCUGUGUGAAGAAAUUCAGGAUUCUCGCAAGAAGAGAGGUGUUUCGGCUUCAAAGAACGCUCCAUCUUAUUAUCACGUGCUCCCAAAGCAAAACAAUGCUCAAGAUGGGAAGAAAACUGAAAUGCAUCAAUCUGAGCGACCCGACGGGUUUCCAGUGGCAGCGAGUACACCAAGUGCAGCCAGCGCAAAGAAAAAAAUGAGGAGGAGAAACCGUUGGAAGACUGGUAACCUAGCUAAGAAAAAGAAAUUGACACAAGCCUUAAAGGAUGAAACGGUUGCUGAAGGUGAAAGUGAUGCUGACCAUGAGAAUCCUGACUUCAGUUUAGACAAUACAGAAACUGAACUUCUCGAUGAAUCCUCUAUGGAAGCAGAAAAUCUCAAUUCUACUGCAGACAGCUCUCUCCCUGCUAAAGAUAGCUCUGCAAAAGAAAUGUCAAGAUCACCAAAUACUGAGCCCAUAGCCUUUGGUGAAGUCUAUUGUUCUCCUACAAAAGAAAAUGGUGAUCACAGUGAGCCUAGUGAUUUGUGUGUUAGGCGCAUGACUCGUGGCAGGCAAAUGCAAGUAGAACAGCAGCACUUAAUAAAUGUGGACAAAGCCAUGGACAUUCUAUCACAACCAACUCCCACAUUUUAUGUGGAUGAGUCCAAACUUCAGCAACUGUUGUAUAAAGUUGUACAGAAAACGAAUGGAUAUAAUGUCUUCCAUCUGGAAAAACUGUAUGCCUUAAUCAGCCAGUGCAUUUACCGGCAUCGCAAAGACUAUGACAAAACCCAGUUACUAAAGGAAAUGGAAGAUGAAAUUGAAAACUUCAGAAUUUGAAAUUGAUGGACUUGUAUUCGGUUUUCAUAAAUUGUCUUAAGAGUGCUUUUAAAUAAUAUAUCUAAAUCCUUACAUGUACAUAUUUACUAUGACAAGGAUUAUUGAACUCUGCAAAAGUUUUCCUAUAACAAAUAGCUAUUUGUAUAUUUAAUACAUGUAAUGCUGUGUUCUGUAAUUCAGCUUUGUUCAUAAUUAAUCCAGAAAUUGUUGUAGAUAUUUUAAAAUGCACCUAUUAAGAAGACCUGGUGCCAUAUUUUAUGGAAUAACAUUUUUAUCCUGUGCUAGAUGAUUUAGUAUCAAGCAUAGGGACUUAUUCACUAAACAACAUAUUGUGCAUUGAAAUCAAAUAGCAAACAUCCUAGCUGAAAAAUAGCUGAUUU